AUGGCUCCACCUGGCCGGACCGGCAAGCAGCGCACCAUCAAGAAUCCGAGCAAACAGCAGCUCAGAUGGACCUUCGAAAUGAGAGAGACCGUCUUCCUGCUUUAUACGGACUUGCAACUCACAUCCCAGCAGCGUGAGCAGGUCUUUACCACGAUCUUCAAACAGCAUCUCGAGCAAUGCGGCUUCCAAGAUCAGGUCUUGGGUCAGCGACUUUCAGCCCAGUAUGGCGAGCGUGAGAAAGGCAGCAAAGACUGGGUCAAGAUUACUGCCACGACUAGACCGCCGGUGGAUCAGGCCGAAAGGAACGCUCGACGGCACCAAAUUCAAGAGACGGCACGCUCGCUCGGAUUGCUUAGCAACCAGCAACAAACGAUGAGCCCACUGGAGACUCCGACGCGAUCUGAUCCCUCGUCUUUCAGCCAUCACGGACUCGCCAUGGCCGACGGUGAGGACGAAGAUGUCAUUUUUGUGUCUCCUAACGGCAGACGCACAGGUCCGCCUAGACAGGCACGCAUGGUGUCGACUCCAACACCACUUAGCAAGCGACCUGCUGUAGCGACCUGGGACCCGUCUGCCUCUGACGGAGAGGAACAUACUCCCCCUUCGCAGAAGCACCGUAAGACAUCGAGAGUGACUAAGGUCAGGGUGUUGCCAACGCCCCUAGGCCAAGAUGGACGUCGAAAAUCGCGGAAGCCUUCGACUCCCACAUCAACUCCUCGAAGCAAGCGAACGGAACUUCUGGCAUAUCAGCGCCCGGACGAGUCGACUAUAAUGCUUACGGAGGCCGAAUAUGAGAACAUCGAGACUCAACUUCGUGCGCCUUCGGAGCAUGCAAUUCGUCCACCACUGCCAGCUCUCCUUUUCCGGUACUGGAGCUACAAUCCCGCUUGCGACCGUGAUAGUCACCGUGGCUUCACCGCCCGUCUGUACUACAAGUCUAAUGUCGCACCUUACCAGCGACCUCCAUCGGCUGAGGGAGUAGACAUCGUUCAUAUAUAUAAUGGAAGUAUAAUGUCGUUAGUAAUGAGACUUGGCUAAUAAGCUGCAGCAUAUGAAUCGAAACAUGGAGAAAUCGCCGUUUAUCAGUACCUCCAGCCGCCUCAUCUGGAUCAUACAACUGGUACUGAAGGGUCUUAAAUCAGGCGAUGGAUGCGGACGAUUGUCAAUUAUUGACACGCAGAAAUUGGACCCACGCGCAGUCUUCUGGGCUAGACCAUACCAUGACGAGUGUCGAAAGAGUCGCCCCUUUUCCAAAGGCGCGCAUAGAUAUCGCGGGACGUACGAAUUUCUGGUGUGGCAUAAAAUACCAAGAGAGGCCAUUCUCCGAAACGUCAAAGCUGAGGACUUCUUGCGACUAGUCGACACGGACAAGGACAUCGCACAAGCCCUUCAAUUCGAAAUCUUACAAAGCCCGAGCAGCCUCUCCCGGACGAAGAUUCCGAAGCUCAAGAUCAACGGUGUGCCACUCACGCCAGAAACGACCAUCGCCAUGGCACGCAUCUGCAACUUCCUAGGCCUACACACCCACCUCCCGGAGAAACUGGGCCAUAUCGUCAGCGACAUCGUCGAAGGAUGGGGCUUGCGUGUCCAGAAGAGGGACGAGGCGGAAUGGUACCAGCUCUCUACUCUCUUCGCACGAGAGGUCCGCAGCUGCUCGCAGCCCACGACACUCGUGCAUCAAGAGAAAGUCAAAUUCGCCUUUCUCGACGGCGUGGGAUAUGGCAAGGGUGGCGUGAACUGCAAAUUCCAUCCCCAGUUGCUGGCGAAGAAGCAGAACGCGGCUUCGGCUGUGGGCCUUGCAUCGCCCGCACAGAUUAUCGCCAAUCGGCUGGACGCGGCGAAAAUGGCUGUUCUGGCAAGCGAGAAGAUGGAGAACCGACGGCUGCACGCGUACCAUCAGCGUCGGAUAACUUUUGCUGAAGACGACGACGUUGCGAUGCUUGACGAUUUGGCCAAUGUGGAGACGACAGAUGAUGCGGCUGAUGAUGACGAUGAUGAUCAGAUGAACGAGGGAAGUGACGACGAGAGCACUGUGUUUGACUUUGGUAGCGAUGGACGCAUCAUCUGA